CUGUCCCUGUUGAAGUCCUCAGAGCUCCAGCCGGAACUGAGGCACUAGCAGGUGUGUACAGCUGCUCAUGCUUCUGUGCUGCCUGAUUCAUGUCAUACGCAGAAACAAGAGGCUUCCUGAAAUCACUAGUACCAUCCCUGCCUGUCACCUUCCCAAGAGCUGAGACUUCAGAGACUCCAGAGACUUCUUUCAGUACUCACAGAAACCUCUUAGCCUUGGUGAUGGCACAUGGGGACUGUUUACUUGCUCUUAGUCUGAAUGAUUGCCAAGAAGGAAGGCAAAGGUAGAGCGGUCGGAUCUCUGGCUCCCCCCAUACUUCUAAUCUCAGACCUUAUUAAACUCCUUUUUGAGCCAAGGACAAAGCUCACUUGAACAAAUGACUUUGAGUCAUGAAUGAAAACUCUUGCUCUUUCCACAGUGAGAAAGAAUUAAGAGAUGGACAGGUUGAAAGUGUGUGUGCUGCGUAUCCUUCACCAUAUGACAAGGACACCGGUGUUCUUCGGGCUCUCAGAGGAAUUCCUAUCUCAGAGUUGAAGAACCAUGGCAUCCUCCGGGCCCUGACAGCAGAAGCCAACGGAUGGCAGCCAGGUGUUGUGAAUGCAGAGGUGCUCAGAGCCCAAGAAGAAUGGGAAGCUGUGGACAACAUCCAGACAGAGCCAGGGAGCCAGGCCAGUGUAGACCAGCCUGGGCAGCUGAUCUCCUUCAGUGAGGCUCUGCAGCAUUUCCAGACUGUGGACCUCUCUUCCUUUAAGAAAAGAAUCCAGCCAACUAUUCGAAGGACGGGGCUCGCUGCCAUCCGGCACUGCCUCUUUGGGCCUCCAAAACUCCACCAGGGCCUCCGAGAAGAAAGGGACUUAGUCCUGACCAUUGCUCAGUGUGGCCUGGAUAGUCAGGACCCAAUGCAUGGCCGAGUCCUCCAAACCAUCUACAAGAAGCUGACUGGCUCCAAGUUUGACUGCGCCCUCCACGGAGACCACUGGGAAGAUCUGGGCUUUCAGGGAGCGAAUCCAGCCACAGACCUGAGAGGAGCAGGCUUCCUUGCCCUCCUACACCUGCUGUACCUGGUGAUGGACUCCAACACCUUGCUGAUGGCCCAGGAGAUUUUCCGCCUAUCUCGUCACCAUAUCCAGCAAUUCCCCUUCUGUCUGAUGUCCGUGAACAUCACCCGUAUCACAAUCCAGGCCUUAAGGGAGGACAGCCUCUCCAGGGAGUGUAACCGGCAGCAGAAGGUGGUCCCCGUGGUGAACAGCUUCUAUGCCGCCACCUUCCUCCGCCUCGCACAUGUCUGGAGGACGCAGCAGAAGACCAUCGCUGACUCUGGCCUUGUCCUCAAAGACUUGGAGGUGUUGGCCAAGAAGAGCCCCAGGCGGCUGCUCAAGACCCUGGAAGUCUACCUGGCUGGAGUGUCAAAGGGACAGGCCUCGUUGUUGGGAGCACCGAAAUGCUAUGGGCCACAAGCCCCUCACUCCAAGGAUCUCACCUUCACAGGCGUGUGUGACCUGCCACCACAUUCAUCCGAAGGCACGUGGCUGAUCUGACCAGCCCAAGGCUGAUAGAGACACUUAAAGGCUGGGCCAGAGGGGCUUGGGAGGGUGCGUGGUGCAUUGUGCCAGGCGUACCCUGGCUGGGCCUGGUUGGGGAGCCCAAGGACCCUCACCCAGUGAGACUUUCAGGUUAGUUAGACCCAUCCCACUCUCCACAGACCCGCCUCCAGAGCAAGAAUUUGCCGUAAUUGGAGCUGAGUUAGUUGAGAAUUGGUUUCCAGGUGAACAAGUGGAUGGAUCAUGAGGUGGGAAGGCCCUGCGUGGAUGUUCCCCGUAUCCCGCUGAGAGAUAUUCCCACACAGAGGGGCCAGAAUUCUGAGUCGCUGGGCAGCAGGGCUCUCAGGCUGUGGGUGUCCACAGGACAGGGACCUGCAGCUAGAAUUUGAAGGGAGAAGGUAGCCAUCAGAGCAGCCAAUGCGGCAGCAUGAAUCAGGGCAAGAGGCCUUCUCUCCAUCCUCUCCCAAGCUGGUAGCCAGACCCCUGGGGGUUUCUGGUCUGGACUUAUCCCACCCUCCCCUCUCCCUAUCCCUUAGUUUAUGUCACAGAACCAGCUUUCUGGUGGGUGUCUCCAUUGCUGCCCACCCUGCCCAUCCCAGCUGUCUGCCAGCUGGGCACCCCCCUGCUGCACGCCCCCUACCCUGUGGAGGUAUGCACUUCCCAUCAGGGGUGGUUUUCUGGCCUGGUUGAAGGAAGGAGGAGAUUCACACACCAGCAGUUUUUGAAUAAAAGAAUUGUUCUAGGUCA